UCCGUCCAGACUGCAUCUCAUCUGUCUGCUUGUUGUUGUCAUGGAGGUGCAAAGAUGGCGGUCCUGGCCUAUAGCCUAGGCAAACGGGACAUUAAUCAGUAUUUUAGUAUAAAAAAUGCAAAAUUAUUAUCUCUCGUCGCCGUAGUUUUACUUCUUGUGCUGCACACAGCGUCACGGUGUUAUGGGGGCGGCGACUCAUGUGAUUGGCUGUUGUCCAGCGGUCGCUUCCUGGGGGAAAACGCCUGGCAGCCCUACGGCUGCAUGAUGCACAAGUACAGAAGCACUGAAGCGACAACUUGCCUGUCUGAGAAACGGGUGGCCUUUGUGGGCGAUUCAAGAAUCCGGCAGCUAUUCUACUCUUUCAUCAAAAUCAUUGAUCCUGAACAAAGGGAGGAUGGCAUCAAGCACGAGAACAUCCCCUUUGAGGACCAGACCUCCUUAGUGAAUGUGGACUUCCUCUGGUACCCUGAGGCAAAUAACUCCAUGAAGGAGCGCCUGACAGCAUGGACUGAGGAUCCAUCGACCAGACCGGAUGUGGUGGUCAUUGGUGCUGCAACAUGGUCCAUCAAGCUGCACCACGGCAGCAGUGAGACGCUCCAGCAGUACAGAGUGAACCUGACGUCCAUCUCCUCUCCCCUGGAGACCCUGGCCCUGGACGGGGACGUAUACUGGGUCCUGCAAGACCCUGUGAAGGAGCAGGCGCUCAGUGACAGCAGGAGGAUGAUCACCAACCAGCAGAUCGACCAGUAUAACGAGGCAGCGGCCGGCGCCCUGAACAGCAGCGGGAGGAACGGCCGGGUGAAGCUGCUGGCCGCCUCGCGCCAGGCCGCCGCCCUCACCAUCGCCCAGUCAGCCGACGGAUUACACCUCCCAGAAGCCACCAGGAAUGUGGGAGCCAUGGUCCUGAUGAACGCCGUGUGCAACAAGUUCCUGCGGCCCAUCGAUGGCUCCUGCUGCCAGCCCGCUGCCGCCCCCAACCUCCUCCAGAAGCUGUGUGCCGGCAUGUUCCUGGCGUCCGGCCUGGCGUUCCUGGCGCUGCACGCUCUGGGCUACAGCCGCCACCACAAGGCCCGGCUCGGCCCGGCCGACGUGGAGAGCGGCGAGGAGAAGAAGCCGGACCUGGGGCUAGCGGCGUCGGGGACCACGUUGGCGUUGCGGGCGGUGUGCAAGAUGGGGGUCAUCAUGGCGUACUUCUACGCCUGUGACCGUGCCGACGUGUUCAUGAAGGAGCAGAAGUUCUACACACACUCCACCUUCUUCAUCCCUCUCGUCUACAUCUUUGUGCUGGGGGUGUUCUACAAUGAGAACAGCAAGGAGACCAAGCUGCUGAACCGGGAGCAGACUGAUGAGUGGAAGGGCUGGAUGCAGCUGGUCAUCCUAAUCUACCACAUAUCUGGAGCCAGCGCUUUCAUUCCAGUGUACAUGCAUGUGAGGGUGCUGGUGGCUGCUUACCUGUUCCAGACCGGCUACGGUCACUUCUCCUUCUUCUGGCUCAAGGGAGACUUUGGUCUGUACCGUUUGUGUCAGGUUCUAUUCCGUCUGAACUUCCUGGUGCUGGUGCUGUGUGUGGUGAUGGACCGGUCCUACCAGUUCUACUACUUUGUUCCGCUGGUCAGCUUCUGGUUCGUCAUCAUCUACAGCACCCUGGCUGUGUGGCCCCAGAUCCUCCAGAAGAAGGCCAACGGAAGUGGGAUGUGGUACCUGGGUGUUCUGCUCAAGCUGCUGGGCCUGCUGCUCUUCAUCUGCUUCUUCGCCUACUCCCAGGGCUUCUUCGAGAGUGUGUUUUGUGUGUGGCCCGUGUCCAGGCUGUUUGAGCUGAACGGCAGCGUCCAUGAGUGGUGGUUCCGCUGGAAACUGGAUCGAUUUGCAGUCAUCCACGGGAUGCUGUUUGCCUUCGUGUACCUGGUGCUCCAGAAGUGUCAGGUUCUGUCAGAGGGGAGAGGAGAUGCACUCUUCUCCCCCCGGCUCUCCAACCUCCUGCUGCUCCUCUCUGUGGGCGCCUUCAUCAUCUACUCUGUGUGGGCCAGCAGCUGUAAGAACAAGACUGAGUGUAACGAGCUUCAUCCCUACAUCUCUGUGGUCCAGAUCCUGGCUUUCAUUCUGAUCCGGAACAUUCCGGGCUACGCUCGCUCAAUAUACAGCUCUUUUUUCGCCUGGUUUGGGAAGAUCUCCUUGGAGCUGUUCAUCUGCCAGUACCACAUCUGGCUGGCUGCAGACACCAAGGGCAUUUUGGUACUGCUCCCUGGAAGCCCCUCCUUCAACAUCAUCAUCAGCACCUUCAUCUUUGUCUGCGUGGCCCAUGAGAUCUCCCUCAUCACCAACGACCUGGCGCAGGUGGUCAUCCCCAAGGACGGCGCCUCCCUGCUGCGCAGGCUGGGCGCCCUGGGGCUGGGGGGCCUGGCCCUGCUCUGGGCCACCAGGGGGCGCCUGCCCUCCCUCGGCCCUUAAAGCAUCCCUCCGGCUGGGUACAGAGGUCGGGGACAGAGGCUGGAGGUCUUGGCAGGCUGGAGGUCAUACUCAGCCCAGACGUCUUCCACCGGCAGCUGUUUAAAGGAUUUGCGAUGGCAGCUUUUUUGGGGGGGGAGGGGGUCUUGCAAGACAACUUGUCGGCCAUCUUGCUGGCCUUGUCUGCGAUGGACAGACGGCUGGUCGGUAGCCGUGUUUGAGGUGAGUCAGAGACGCUAUGGCGUCGUGGCGACGCUAGCAGAAGGCCCGGUCUGCCUGGAGACUGUGGUGGAAGUUGUACACUGGAGAGGAGGAAGGAGAGCGUCUACUGAAGGAGGGUUAGAAGGAAGGGGGGGGGGAGGUGUGUGUUUAACAGCUCCUUCCAGCCUUUUAUUGGAGGAAAGGCUGGCCGUAUGUUUAAUCUGAAGAGGAGGGCAACACCCUGCUCCUCUUGCCUGAAACUGUUCCCUGCAAAAUUCCAGAAGGACUCCCUCGACCGGAUAUGGUGCACUGGUUCCGCCCAGACGACGGUUAGUAAAGGUGUGCUCCUCACGCACAUGCCUGUUUCAGUUUGACCUCUGAGCCAGGAAGUGCUUCAGGUCUGUGUUCAGCAGAACAGUCACCUUCUGGAAAGGGGGGACAUCUAACCCACUGCUCCAAGCUGUUCUUGGAGCAGAAGAACUGCCCAGAUGUCACUGAUCUCUGUGCAAUGAACAAUUCAGAUCUUCUUUGUUGUGGUUGCAUAAUAAAUAAUCAAAAAUCUAAAGCAGUUUAUAACAGCCAGGAUAGAAUGAACAGACAUUUCAACAUUAUAGAAUAUUUCUAAGAGAUUAUAAAAAAAUGAAAAAAAUCUUUGUAAACACUUCUUUUUUUUAUUUUUUAUCUUUAGGACCUUUGCCUUGUGCACUGGUUUACGUGACCUCACCAACCUUUCUCUGUUGUAUGUACAGUAUUUAAUGAUUUAAAUUAAGCAUAUAUUUUGUA